CAGUGCGUGUCGGGUCGAGCUGAAAGCUAGCGAGAGGUAGUGUACAACUUCUGCAUCGGGUUGGUGGCUUGCUGAUUUCUGGUGACUGCCGUCGGAAACAGUUGGUGCAUUUUGAAGUACCCUUGCAGUGGUGAUUAUAUUUGGCAGUGAAGUACUCGUGAAAUAAAUAAAAAUAAAUAUAACGAUGAGUGGAUCUGGAAAGGGAUUACUUGGAUUAUGGCUGUACCACAGCGGCGAGCAGGAAUGGACCGUCAAAGAAGGCAGUCCAUUGCACAAGAGGAAAGAGUUUGCGCAAGGCAAAUCCGUAGACUGCAGCAACGGAAACGACCAGAGAUGUGAUAAAACAUCCAUAAUUUUUACCCUAAAGAACCAAGUCGGUGGGCUGGCUCGUGCCCUGCAAGUCUUCCAGGAGUUGGGAAUCAACGUUUUACACGUGGAGCUGAACAAAACCGGAGAUCUGUGUGAGCAAGCCGAUGUCCUCGUCGAUAUCGAAUGCGAUUCUAACAAACUGGAUCAGGUGCUUCGUAUGCUAAAACGUGAAGUACAAUCGGUAAAUUAUGCCGCACCAGUAGCAAGUGACGGUCCCCCACCUACUCCACUGUCCGCUUGCGGUAGUUUUGAUUUUGGUGAAAUGCAUUGGUUCCCGCGGAAAAUAUCCGACCUCGAUCGAGCCCAGAAUGUGCUCAUGUAUGGCAGUGCAUUGGACGCAGAUCAUCCCGGGUUCAAGGAUCCAGUUUACCGCAAGCGCAGGGAGCAGUUUGCUGCCAUUGCCAACUCCUACAAGCACGGAAACCCAAUCCCGAGGGUACAGUAUACGGCGGAAGAGAUCAGGACAUGGGGAACCGUCUUUCGUGAGCUGCACAAACUUUACAUCAAGCAUGCAGUGCCCGAGUAUAUGGAAAAUUGGCCCGAACUGGUAAAGUACUGCGGCUACCGGGAGGACAAUCUACCCCAGCUGCAGGAUAUCAAUGUGUUUCUCAAGCGAAAAACUGGUUUUCAAAUUCGACCGGUCGCCGGAUACUUGUCGCCGCGAGAUUUUCUCUCCGGUUUGGCAUUUCGAGUGUUCCACUGCACCCAAUACAUUCGGCAUGCUUCUGAUCCAUUCUACACACCGGAACCCGAUUGCUGUCACGAACUCCUAGGCCACAUGCCACUACUGGCUAACCCAAGCUUCGCACAGUUCUCCCAGGAACUAGGUUUGGCCUCUCUGGGUGCUACCGAAGAUGAUAUCAAUAAUUUGGCCACGUUAUACUUUUUCACCGUCGAGUUCGGUCUUUGCCGGCAGGCGGAUGGAAGCUUCAAGGUGUUUGGAGCGGGUCUGCUCUCGUCGGUGGCCGAGCUCAACCAUGCCAUUACAACUUCGGAAAAGAUUAAACGGUUCGAUCCGGAAGUUACCUGCAAGGAGGAGUGUAUUAUAACAGCGUACCAAAAUGCGUACUACUACACGGAUUCGUUUGAGGAGGCGAAAGAAAAGAUGAGGGCAUUCGCCGAGACCAUCCAGCGUCCCUUCGGCGUCCGGUACAACCCGUACACCCAGACGGUGGAGGUGCUCAGCAACGCCAAAAAAAUAACCGCCCUGGUCAGCGAACUUCGCGGAGAUUUGAGCAUCGUUUCGGCAGCUUUGAGAAAAGUUUCCGCCCUCGAUGAGAACCUGGACGUCGAGUCGAUCGAGAAGCUGCUUUCGGCUAAACUGAAUGUGGCCGACAAAAGUCCCAACUCGGAAAGUUCUGAUUCGACGGACAAGGCAACCACGCCUAAUCAGUAAGAAGUUUGUUUUCUUCAGAUAUGUCGAUGUUAAAAUCGGACCAAACUAAGCGUAAGCAAAUAUAAUAAAGAAAACAGCAACAACAUUCCAUUU